CGGACAUCCUCAAGCUUAAACUUUGCCUGCAUAGGCAGAGCUGUGCUAUUUUCUUACUAUGACGAACUAGCAUUGCCUCAGAAGGAACAGCAGCUCGGUAUUUUCUCUUUACCUUACGCGAUGGCUGUUUCUUUCUUGACGAUUGUUCCAGUGAUCACUGCGUUCGUUAUCCUUUUUCCUGCUCCAGCUGCGUACGGAUUACCGAAAGGAGUCAGCGGUGGAAUCGGCUGUCUUACUUGCACCGCUGUCGUUGCUCUUACAGAACAGCUGAGUAUUGUACACAACGAAACAUUUGUGGAUUCGUACGCGCGAUUGUGUAAUGUCUUACCUGAACUUUACAGAAAUGCCUGUCUUUCGCUCGGGGAGUACUACAUUCCCAAAAUCAUAAAAUUUAUAACAGCCGAGGUUUCUGCUGACGUUAUUUGCCAUGCAGUUGAUCUGUGCUACCAGGAAAAAGGUCAGCCGUAUUGUCACGCCUUUCCACCGAGAAAAGACUUCCAUGAGAGGAUCACUCGAGCGAGAAAGGAGAUCGGAGCGAAACUAUCCUUCGAAAGAGCCAAUCCUGAUGACUUUAAAGGGCCGAAUUUCGAUCCUUGUACUCUUGAGGGUGUUAGAGAAGUUUGUAAAUUGUUCCGCAAAGUUUUCACCAAUGAUUUUCCUCUGGUUGAUUUGGAUAACGAUACUUAUAGUGCCCUGACGGAGGCAUGGAGAGGGUCGUCUUGGAGGGGCAAAGAUUGCGAUGAUAUAAAUCAUCUUAACCAUCCUGGUGCCAAGCCAAGAAAAGGGGAUGUGGUUUUCGACUCGAACUGCAAUGGAAUUCAUGGCAGGGAUCCUGUUUUUGGGGAGCCCUUUGAAGAAUUGUUAUGUAAAGAUGCAGGAUAUCUUGGCAUAAUUGUUCUUGGUGAUUCAGUGGCAGCCCACUUUCACAUUCCCCCAGCAUGGCUUACAGCACUCCUGCUUUCUGACAAAGCUUUUGAAAACCUUGCCUUUAUUGUUGAGAAUGAAAUGGACUGGCCUCAGUUGUCAUUAUAUACAGGCUACCUAAGGUCAUCAAGGUGGCCCAUGGAAAGAGGUCAUAGUGAUUCAAUUUAUCUGAAGCUAUGGGAGAGGAAUCAUUGCAAUCAUCGGGAUUAUCAAAAUCUGGCCAAGAAUGGAGCACAGUCUUUUGAAGCUAACUCCAAACUUAUCAGAAGCAUGGCUAGAGACCCCAAUCUUGACCAGCCUGCCUUGGUGUUUUACUCACUCAUAGGCAAUGAUGUUUGUCAAGCUGUCCCUAGUCUAAAUAACAUUACUACUCCUGAGCAGAUGCAUAAAAAUGUCCUGGAAACUCUGAAUGGUCUUGAUAAACGUUUGCCAAAUGGGAGUCAUGUAAUUCUGAUUGGUUUGGUGGAUGGACGAAUCCUUUAUGACAGUCUCCAUAACCGUAUACACCCAAUAGGAAGUCUAAGGCAUGAUGUGACAUAUGAACAACUUUAUGACUUCUUGAACUGUCUACAAGUGUCUCCCUGCUUUGGUUAUUUGAAUUCCAAUGAGACCAUCAGGAAUAAAACAAGUGAAAGAGCUGCCCAGUUGAGUGCAGUGUUGAAACAUGUGGCUGAAACCUCGAAGUAUGAAAAUUUUGAUGUGUUCUACUUUGACUGUCCCUUGGAAGAAGUCAUUAAGGAGUGGAAAGCAAAAGGCCACCCAGUUUAUGAGUUAAUUGAGCCUGUGGAUGGUUUUCACCCAAACUUGAAAGCAGAAGCUCUGGCAGCUGAUGUCUUGUGGAGAAUUCUUGAGUCCAAAGUUCCACAUGUCUUAGGGAAGGUCAACCCUAAAAAUGAUCUAAUAAGACUUUUGUUUGGAGAUCAAGGAGGAUACUAAGAAAGAUAGCUGUUUUUUAGGUGACCUUUUACAUAUAUCUUUUUAGAAACUCUUAAUAGGAAGUUUAAAGAUUAAUUUGGAAAUCAAUAGAGUAAUUUUGGCCAUUAGAAUGAUUUAAUAUUGAAUAAUUGCUGCAUCAUCUUUGGGGAAAUAUGUUUUUGGAAUGACUUUCAGUUGUCUUUUUAGGCUGGGAGAAUUACAUGAAAUUUUCAAAUUGUCAAAUUAUGAUUUAUUUCAUUGAAUGAAGAUUUGCAUUACCAUGGUAACUGCAAUAUUACUGCAUCUUUAAAAUAUUAUAACUUUGACUUUUUCAGGG